AUGACUUCGAAUUUCAUGAUUAUGAUAAUUUUGGGAACUUUAAUGUACACAAGUUCCGCUCGAAAUCUUAUCGGGUUAGAUUUUCCGGAUAAUUAUAAUAAUAAUAAGGUUCCACGAGUUAGUAGCUCAUUUGGAGGUGGAGGUGGUAGUGGAGGACACGUUGGUCCCGAUGGCAUGGAUUUUGGAGUAGGUGUUGGUGUUGGUGGUCAAGUAAGUGUACCCGGUGUUGGGUCAAUUGGUGGUGGUGGAGGUGGUGGAAUAGGUGGAAGCAUAGGUAGAGAUGGUUCGGUUUCUAUGGGAGGUGGCGGAGGAGGAGGCAUUGGUGGUCAAAUCGGUAAUGUAGGGUUUGGGGGCGGACAAGGUUUUGGUGGUGGCCAAAGUUUUAAGGGAAUUCACGAUUAA